GGUUACCAUUUCUCACAAGUUUCAUAGUAUUUCCAAUACAACUCUCUUCACGAUUAUUGUUGUUGGUUGAUUAUUUCACCGUCCACGAUUUUUUGUGUUUGAGGUAUUCACUUCAAUAGAUAUGACAGAAAACGGUCUAGCCAAGCAAGACUUGAGUACUUUGGACGUGAAAAAGCUAACUCCUUUGACACCAGAAGUCAUUUCACGUCAAGCCACUAUCAAUAUUGGAACCAUAGGCCAUGUCGCUCAUGGAAAGAGUACAGUAGUCAAAGCAAUAUCAGGAGUUCAAACUGUACGUUUUAAAAACGAACUAGAGAGGAAUAUUACUAUAAAACUUGGGUACGCCAACGCCAAACUAUACAAGUGUGAAAAUCCAGAUUGUCCCCGACCUGAGUGUUAUAAAGCUUAUUCGUCUAACAAAGAAGAUGAACCUCCCUGUGAAAGACCAGGUUGUGGUAGUCGUAUGAAGUUAUUGAGACACGUUUCGUUCGUCGAUUGUCCUGGACACGACAUUCUUAUGGCAACUAUGUUGAAUGGAGCUGCAGUUAUGGAUGCAGCUUUGUUGUUGAUUGCUGGCAACGAAACUUGUCCUCAACCUCAAACAUCGGAACACUUGGCAGCUGUAGAAAUAAUGAAGUUGAGAAAUAUUAUUAUUUUGCAGAACAAGAUAGACUUGGUGAGAGAAACUGCGGCGGAAGCACAGUAUCAAGAAAUACAAAACUUUAUUCAAGGAACGGUAGCACAAGAUGCUCCAGUCAUUCCUAUUUCAGCCCAGUUGAAGUACAAUAUCGACGUUGUUGUAGAAUAUCUCAUUAAAAAAGUUCCAGUUCCUAUAAGAGAUUUCCAAAGUAGUCCUCGAAUGAUCAUUAUUCGUUCAUUUGAUGUGAAUCGUCCUGGAGAAGAAGUGAAAGAUUUGAAAGGAGGUGUUGCUGGAGGCUCCAUUAUGCAAGGAGUUUUACGAGUAGGAGAUAAGAUUGAGAUUCGUCCAGGGAUUCCUUCUAAAGAUGAAAAUGGCAAUUUGAUAUGUAUUCCUAUUAUUUCUGUCAUUCAUUCGAUGAAUGCGGAAUCCAAUUCACUUCAGUAUGCUGUUCCUGGAGGUCUUAUUGGAGUUGGAACCACGAUUGAUCCCACCUUAACUAGAGCUGACCGUCUUGUUGGUCAGGUGUUGGGUUCUUUUGGAGGAUUGCCUGAUGUGUAUUGUGAAUUGGAAGUCAAUUUCUUUCUGUUGAGAAGACUAUUAGGUGUGAAAGUAGACGGUCAAGGCAAAUUAGCCAAGGUUCAAAAAUUGGCUAAAGGAGAAGUAUUGAUGUUGAAUAUUGGUUCUACGAGUACUGGAGGAAGAGUAUUAGCAGUCAAAGGAGAUUUAGCAAAGCUUUCAUUGACUAGUCCUGUAUGCACACAAGUGGAUGAAAAAAUUGCGCUUUCAAGAAGAGUUGAAAGACAUUGGCGUCUUAUUGGUUGGGGUCAAAUACGUUCGGGAGUAACAGUUCCUAUUCAAAAUGCUGAACUAUAAAAUAAUUUUCUCCCAACAAAGCGAGUUGGUUUCUGAUAGAAAAGAAAUAUAAUAAUAAAUGGUCGCUACUUGGAAAUGAUAUUUAUAGGAAAGUAGUAUGCACACUCGCUUUCAACACUCCCACUUCUUCAACCAACCCCCAAAAACUCCCUUAUUCUAUACAGCAGCCUUUUUGUUUUGAGGAGAUAAUAACUUUGCAUAAAGUAUUCCAUCCGAUAUUACUUGCUUUGUCUA